GGUACGAGGCAACUUCCUACCUAAGUUUUUCUUCUUUGACGUGUGAAACGCGUGCGAACGUCGACACAUUCCCAGAAUUAUUAUACUAGUAAAGGCCCUACUUGUGGGGUUGGUGGGUGUCAUCAAGCCAGUAAGAUGCCACAUUUCUGCAAGAUCACCCAAUAAGAUUCCACAUUCUUGCAAGAUCGCCACACUGUAAUGUCUCUUGAUAUAAAGGGUACUCAUCACGGCACAAGAAAGAGAGAGCAAGUUUCCUUCUAGUUCAUCUUUUUCAGGCUUAUCAUUUAUGCCUAACUUUGACAUCUGACCCUACAAGAAGGGCAUUCGAUUCAACCUCCUCUGUGAUGCUUAUUUGCUUCUUGGUCACCUCCUCCCUCUCCUUCCUCCUCCUUUUAUUGAAGUCCCGCCCUCUCAAGAUUCUCUCUUCGCGGCGGACAUGCUUCCGUGUCUCUCUGGUCCUCGAUCGCCACCGUAGUCCUGUUCCCGUUCGGCCCCUGAGAUUGUCCGUGAAGGAGAAGAUGAGUCCAGCUUCAGGAGCAGACAAUGCAGAGGAGUCCAAAGGAGGAGUGUCGCCGCUGUUGGACUUGCCGGAGCUCGCUCUGGAAUGCAUUCUCGAGAAGCUCCCGCCGGAUGGGCUCUUGAGCAUGUCUGGCGUGUGCACGGCUUUGAGAGAUAGGUGCAGGAGUGACUAUUUCUGGGACAAGCACAUGAAGCAGAAAUGGGACAGAGUGGUUGGUCCAUCAGCUUCUAAGGUGUGGCAAUUGGGCCUUGCUUCAAGGAGGGAUAAUGGUGAUUCAAAUCAAGGGAAGCAAAAGGGGUUGUUGAGGUUGUUUUCUCUCGUCUGGCCUUGUUCAUGGGCUGGUGAGAGGAUCAAUAUCGGUCAAGACCGGACGUGUUCUCUGCCACAUGAUUCAUCGGUCAUGUCUUGGUAUAUUGCACUUGAGACUGGGAGGUUCUGGUUCCCUGCUCAAGUCUAUAACCGUGAGAACGGGCAUGCUGGGUUUAUGUUGUCUUGCUAUGAUGCUGAGCUCAGCUAUGAUUUUCAAACCGACACCUUCAGAGCCAGGUAUCCCCCGCAUGGAAGGAGGGCGAUGGCGCUGGAGACCGGGGUGACGUGGGAAAGGCUGAGGUCCCCUCCGGUCGAUACUUCUCCACACGACCUUCAUUUGUCCGAUUGUUUGAAGGAUCUGUGCCCUGGUGACCAUGUGGAGAUUCAGUGGAGAAGAAACAAAGAGUUUCCAUAUGGUUGGUGGUACGGCGUCGUCGGUCAUCUGGAAUCAUGUGACAGGAACGAAAACUACUGCCGUUGCCUUAGCAGCGAUGCUGUGGUUCUGGAAUUCAAUCAGUAUUCAGCAGGGUCGCGGUGGAGUCGCACAACCAUAGACAGGCGAAACCACAGGGAGGAAGGGAACGAGGUCGACGGAUUCUAUGGAGGAAUCAGAAAGCUCAGGACCGACGACGAGAUUUCUGCGUGGAAGCGGAUCUGGCCAACUGGACUACUAGAAUAGGUUAUGUCCCCAACAGCCUGCUUUGAGCACACGGCGAGGAUAAUUAUGGAACGGUUCCCCCCAUUCAAGGAGAGCUCUGUUGAAUAUUUUUACUCAGCGAAAGUGGCUCGAUAGAAGCUGAAACUCAGUCAGUUGGAUGAAUGCGAAAGUUCUUUUUCUCCCCCCUCUCCACGAUGAUUGGAGAUUAAUUUGCAUCUCAGCAAUUCCGGCGAAUCGCUUUCUUUAUUGAUGGAUACAUGAUGUAGCAUAUACAAAUGAAGGAAUAAAAUGUGACUUUUGCCUUCUCUUGAACAAAA